AUGUCGGAUCUGAGCGUGAGUGAGCGAAGGAUACGCCCGAUCCAAGAUGCAGUGGCCAGUGAAAAUUGGAAGCAGGCACUUCAACUGUGCGACAAAUGGGCGAAGAAGGGAGAACGGUCUGACCGGUUUCUGGCGGUGAAAGCCUCUGUGCUUGUCCAACAGUCCGACAAAGCUCAGCAUGACCGAGGACGACAGGAGCUUCUUGAUCUCUGCAAGCGAACUCCCCCAGUCACAGACCCGGAAGCCAUCUAUCAGCUGCAAAGGACACUCAAGAGCCUCUCCCUACACGAAGAGACUCCGAAGCUAUGGGAACGAGCGGUUGCCGUUGGGAAAGAUACCAAAGAUCUCUACACGAGAUGGCUGAACCAAGCAAUAGCAGACAACAACUGGCGCAGUGCUCAAAAGGCCACCAUGGGUUUACGAAACUCAUUUCCAAAGGAACGACAGUAUGAGUUCUGGAACAUACUCAUGUGCCACCUGAUACACAAGCGAGAGGACAUACCCGAGAACGAACGUAUGCUGUUUGGUACGCUAGCAUAUCGCAUGAUUUCAAAGGCUGCCGAGGCUAUACCCAAAAAUGAGGAGCAAUCCUUGUCUUCGGCAAAGGCUAUCUCGGACCCUGAGGAGAUUGCGCUGUUGGUACAAGUCUUCAACUCCACAGGCCACGUCCAGGAGUCCAUAAAGCUCCUACUAGGCGGAUCUCUGAGCAUCGAAUCUCGCCUUGGAGCCAAAGAUCCGCAACUUGUCCUGUCUUUGGUGCUCGAAUCUCUAGAAGCGUCAGAGAACUGGGACGAAGCUCUGAAGGUGUGCCAGGAGCUGCUUUCGCAAUCCGAGUCACAAUCAGACAACCGUAUCUGGGCCCUAUGGCUCAAGGCACGAUCUCACUCCACAGAUCAAGACCUGCAAAUACAGUCUGAAGGCACCCUCGAAUCCAUCUGCACAACUAGGCCAAUUGUCCGCUCAGCAUAUAUCGCAAAGUUGAGCUUGUUACAAAGUCAACGAAGCGACCAGAUCGAUCAAGAUGCUUUGCUGCAGACAUGCAGGGAGUACUCUGAGGCAUACUCGGACAAGGCAUUCUGCUUUGACGACUUGAAGGACGCCUUGCGACGACUCGAUACACAACACUGGGACGAGUUCCUGCGGAUUGCCGAACAAAAGCAAGGGCAUUUGGGUCAACUGUUCGCGCUGAAGGUCGUCUAUAGCUCGAUACCCACUGCUGACUCGGAGCCGCCACAUGCUCGAAACCCAAAGCUGCUAUCUUUGGCACACAGGGCGUUGAAGCUAUACCGACUGUCCAUCUCCGAACCACCGUCGUGCCCUGAAGCAGCUCUUCUUGCAGCCUUGGCCAUCCUGCACCUACAAAUUCAGGAUCCCCAACACCAGCGGGUCCUCGUCGCCGCAAGCAUACUGGAGAUUGCGCGGUCCAAAUUUGAGGACUAUUACAUUUUGACGGUCCUCCUUGUUCGACUUCAAGCUCACUUGGGUCUACUUUCGCUCGCCAUGCAAAACUUCACCAAACUCAGUAUCAAGAACAUGCAAUGGGAAACAGUCGGUCAUCUGAUCUUGACCAGGAUGUCCACCUUACAUCCGGCCUUUAAUGGCGGGGUGGGCGAUCUUGAACCUCUUCUGGCUGCCGAGACUGGUGUCACAGUCCUUGAAAACGCGGACACGGCUCUAGUCCGAGGUAUACGUGAAGGUUUGCGGUUCAACAGCUACUCGAACAUCUACAACAGCGUCGAGAUGCGAUCCGACAUCGAACGGAGUAUGAACAAGCAAAUUUGCGCCAUUGAGGAACGUAGAGUGUCGCGAUGGCGGGGGUCGGAAUUCGACGACGCCACAGUCCUACCACCCACGGAUCCCUCAAAGGCACUCGUGGACAAGAGAGAUUACAGCUACAUGCCCAUCUAUUGUGAGGACGACCGGCGGAUGUUGGAAUCAUGCCACUGCGGCAAGCAGCCGAAAGAGGGCUGGGUCAACGCCAUGGUGCUCUACGACAACGUUGCCACCUAUCUCAAACAAGACCUGGACUCACACACAACCCCUGCAAAUGCAGCGUACAAGAACGUCAAACAGAUUCACGACCGAUUUUCUGCAGACACAUCCGUGCCCACCGAGCUUGAGAAGGAAAUGACCCGCAGUGAAUUGUCGACAUUCGACGCGGCCAUGAAUAUGGCACAGGCCAUCAUUCUUCUCACCGAAGGUCAAACAGUCAUUCGCUCUGGCGGCCCCGACGCCUCAAAGUCCUUGCCAGAUAUUAUCGCGCAUAUCAAGUCAUCGUUAACAGCCAACCUAGACGACCGUCGUAAAGAUAAGAAGACCAGCGACAAGGACGAAUCGAGCAUUGCAGGAAUGUAUAUCCCCUGGUGGAACGACUUACAUACGAGCUUCUCCGAACUGGAGAAAUUGCAAACCAUUUCCUACUUCCUGACGUGGAUCUCGAGGAAGUUGCAGAAAGGUGGCGGCAAGGCCUCCAAGACCCUCCUCGGGACUGUGACCAAGGCAUCCAUCUCCGAACUCCAGAGCCUUGUCGCCGAGCUUGAAGCCCAAACCCACGCUCACGCGCGCUGGAUGAAGUCUGAGAUCAACGAGCCCGGCGUUCUAGGCAAGCUCGUCGAUCUCGGCAUGGCGCGGCCAGCGAAUCCAGAUCUUUCCACCGACGCCACUGCCGAGGAGGACAAAGAUGGAAAAGGCGCUUCCACUUGGAUGUGGAAUGAGCUUAAUAUGGGACCGGAGUGGGAACAGCUGAUGGAGAAAGUUUGCGAUGAAGCUACCAUGGAGACCAUCUGCGGGAGAUACAAAGAGAGCUGGGACGAUGCACUGGAUGGGAUCUUGACGACCAAGGUACGGGUUGUGAAAUGA